AUAUCGGAAGUAAUUACAGAUGGAACAAAGCCUGACUUUGCAGAUUAUGACUGUCGGUCUUUCUCGUAUGUCUUACUGGUGCUAGUGGGGGGCUACAUUGUGGUGACUCUUGUCGGACUCUUUGGAAACCUAUGCCUGAUCCACAUUAUCAGGCAGCGGAAGGAAGUGCACAAUGUCACCAACCUCCUCAUUGCAAACCUCUCCCUGUCAGAUGUGCUCAUCUGCAUUAUGUGCAUUCCCUUCACUGUGGUCUACACACUGAUGGACUACUGGGUAUUUGGUGAGACCAUGUGCAAGGUCAGCAAUUUCGUGCAGUGUUUAUCUGUCUCAGUCUCCAGCUUCUCCCUCGUUCUAAUUGCUGUUGAGCGCUAUCAACUUAUUGUCAACCCUCGAGGCUGGAAGCCCAGCAUCUCCCAGGCAUACUUGGGCAUUGUCUUCAUCUGGCUGGGCUCUGCCAUCCUGUCUGCACCCUUUUUAGUGUUCUUCCAGCUUACAGAUGAGCCUUUCAGAAACAUCUCCCAGACUUUCUAUCGAGGCAAGUAUGCCUGCAUAGAUAACUGGCCAUCAGAGUUUAACCGGUUGGGUUUUACCACUGUUCUGUUGGGGGUUCAGUACUUUGCACCACUCUGCUUCAUCUUUGUGUGCUAUGUGAAAGUGUUUGUGUGCCUGCGACGUCGCAGUGGUCUAGUGGAGCAUCUCCGAGAGAGUGAGUCCAGGCUGAGCGAAAGUAGGCGCAUCAGUGCCAUGCUGGUGUCCAUUGUGCUCACCUUUGCUGUCUGCUGGCUUCCACUUAACAUCUUCAACCUCAUCUUUGACUGGCACCAUGAGGCUCUGCUCAACUGCCACCACAACUUGGUCUUUACCUUAUGCCACUUGGUGGCCAUGAUUUCUACCAGCAUCAACCCCAUAUUUUAUGGCUUGCUCAAUAAGAACUUCCAGAAGGACCUCAACAAUAUUAUACGCCAGUUGAAGUGUGACUCCAGCUCAGAGGAGUAUGAAAACAUCAGGAUGACAAACAAACACACAGAUGUCUCCAUGGGUUUGUUAAGGCUCAGUGUUGCCAAUAACAGCGCUUGA